AUGGGCCAAGAGAACUGCGACCAUGAUUUUAUGCAGGAUCCUUCUACACCUGAUGUAUGCUCGCACUUAGCUGCCUGUGAAGACCAUCGGGUAGCCGCUACACAGCUCUCUCGAGACAAUGAUGUCGACAUUGAUGCCGGACCGGGAAAUACUCCUCUUAUGUGGGCAGCCUACAAGUGCCCUUGCGGUGCUGGUGCUGUUAGCAAGCUGCUUGCGUCCGGAGCAGAUGCUGCAUCCCAAGACACCGACAAGUUCCUCGCACUUCACAUAGCAGCAGGGAAAGGAUCUUUUCCAGUUGUGGAGCUGCUCCUGCAACUUCCUGGAAUCAAUGUAAAUGCGCAGGACAAACACGGGUCAACCGCUCUUCAUGAAGCAGCAUAUAAUGGACGUUUGCCAAUUGUCGAGCUGCUCCUGCAACAUCGUGGCACUGAUGUCAAUAGAAAGGACAAUUACGGGUGCACCGCGCUUCAUGAAGCGUCAGAUGAAGGACGUCUGCAAGUUGUGGAGCUACUCCUGCGACGAGGUAGGGUUGAUAUCAAUGCACAAGACAACGACGGUUGGUCCGCACUUCACAUAGCGGCAUGCAAAGGACAUUUGGCAAUGGUCAAGCUGCUCCUGCAACAUCGUGGAAUAAAUGUCAAUUUGAAGGACAAUCACGGUCGGUCUGCUCUCUGGUUUGCAAAAGAGAAAAGAGACAUGCCGAUAUACUACUCUCUCGCUGGCGACCCCCGGCUGAACGACAACGAAAUAAUCAACCCGUUUGGCUCCCCACCGCAUCAAUGUCACACCUGCUCCGAAAUGGAAGAGAAAACAACUGUCACGGCGAUGCCGGUACUGUCCUUAUUAGUUGCCUUAUUCGUUGCUGCCGUUUUGUGUCCCACGUGUGAUUAA